CCCAGGAAAUGCUACGAACUCUACCUCAGAUCUCCAGCGGAAGAAAAAACCCUGUAAGCAAAGCUCAGCACCAAAAACUCCAGGGAAUGCUGCUCGCCGACAUUUCUGGACAGGUUACCCACUGGGAGAUUCACCACUGUCUCAGUCCCAUUGCUACCUAAGAUAGAGCUGGCCCCUGUUCCUGGAAAGGCGUUUGUGGGAGUAAAGAUGGAGGCCGGAGGGGAGCGCUUUCCUAAACAAAGGCAAGUCCUGAUUCUCUUUCUCUUGCUGGGAGUGGCUCUGGCAGGCUGGGAAUCCCGUCGCUAUUUCGUGAUGGAGGAAACUGAGAGCGGCUCCUUUGUGGCCAAUCUUGCUAAGGACCUGGGGCUGGGAGUGGAGGAGCUAGCUGCGCGAGAAGCCCGGGUGGUCUCCGAGGACAACGAACCCUGGCUGCAGCUUGAUCUACAGACUGGGGAGUUGAUAUUAAGUGAGAAACUGGACCGGGAAGAGAUGUGCGGCCCCACAGAUCCAUGUGUAAUGCAUUUCCAAGUGUUACUGAAAAAACCACUGGGAGUAUUUCGAGCUGAGCUACUGGUGAGAGACAUAAACGAUCAUUCUCCUGAGUUUCCUGAAAGAGAAAUGACGCUGAAAAUCCUAGAGACUAGCCCUCCUGGGACCGUGUUUCCUCUGAAAACAGCCCAGGAUUUGGACGUGGGCAACAACAACAUACAAAACUACAAUAUCAGUCACAACUCUUACUUCCAUGUUUCCACCCGCAACUGGGGGGACGGCAGGAAAUACCCAGAGCUGGUGCUGGACAAAGAGCUGGAUCGCGAAGAGCAGGCCGAGCUCAGAUUAACCCUCACAGCGCUGGAUGGCGGCUCUCCGCCCAGGUCUGGCACCGCCCAGGUCCGAAUCUUGGUCUUGGACGUUAAUGACAACGCCCCUGAGUUUGCACAGACGCACUACCAGGUGCAGGUCCCAGAGAACAGCCCUGUAGGCACCCUAGUUGUCCAGGUCUCAGCUAGGGAUUUGGACACCGGAACAAACGGAGAGAUAUCAUAUUCCCUUUUUGAUAGUUCUCAAGAGAUAAGCACAACUUUUGAGCUAAGCAGCAUUUCAGGUGAAGUUCGACUAAUUAAAAAACUAGAUUUUGAGACAAUAUCCUCAUAUGAGCUGUAUAUAGAUGCGUCUGAUGGUGGGGGACUUUCUGGAAAAUGCUCUGUCUCCAUUGAGGUGAUGGAUGUUAAUGAUAACUCCCCAGAACUAACUAUUUCAUCACUUACCAACCCCAUUCCUGAAAAUUCCCCCGAGACAGAAGUGGCCCUGUUUAGGAUUCGAGACCGAGACUCAGGGGACAACGGAAGGAUGACUUGCUCCAUCCAGGAUGAUCUCCCCUUCCUCCUGAAACCAUCUGCAGAGAACUUCUACACCCUAGUAACAAAUGGGGCGCUGGACAGAGAGAGUAAAGCCCAAUAUAAUAUCACUAUCACCGUCACAGAUAUGGGGACACCGAGACUGAAAACCGAGCACAACAUAACCGUGCUGGUGUCCGACGUCAACGACAACGCCCCCGCCUUCACCCAGACCUCCUACACCCUGUCCGUCCGCGAGAACAACAGUCCCGCCCUGCACAUCGGCAGCGUCCGCGCCACAGACAGAGACGCGGGCGCCAACGCCCAGGUCACCUACUCGCUGCUGCCGCCCCUCGACGCGCACGUGCCCCUGGCCUCCCUGGUGUCCAUCAACCCGGACAACGGCCACCUGUUCGCCCUGAGGUCCCUGGACUACGAGGCCCUGCGGGCGUUCGAGUUCCGCGUGGGCGCCGCCGACCGCGGCUCGCCCGCGCUCAGCAGCCAGGCGCUGGUGCGCGUGCUCGUGGCGGACGACAACGACAACGCGCCCUUCGUGCUGUACCCGCUGCAGAACGCCUCGGCGCCCUGCACCGAGCUGGUGCCCAGGGCGGCCGAGGCGGGCUACCUGGUGACCAAGGUGGUGGCGGUGGACGGCGACUCGGGCCAGAACGCCUGGCUGUCGUACCAGCUGCUCAAGGCCACGGAGCCCGGGCUGUUCGGCGUGUGGGCGCACAACGGCGAGGUGCGCACGGCCCGGCUGCUGAGCGAGCGCGACGCGGCCAAGCACAGGCUGCUGGUGCUGGUCAAGGACAACGGCGAGCCGCCGCUCUCGGCCAGCGUCACGCUGCACGUGCUGCUGGUGGACGGCUUCUCGCAGCCCUACCUGCCGGCCCCGGAAGCGGAAGCGGCGGACGCGGCCCCGGCCGCCCCGCUCACCGUCUACCUGGUGGUGGCCUUGGCGUCGGUGUCGUCGCUCUUCGUCUUCUCGGUUCUGGUGUUCGUCGCGGUGCGGCUGUGCAGGAGGGGCGGGGCGGCCUCGGUAGGUCGCUGCUCGGUGCCCGAGGGCCCCUUUCCGGGCCACCUGGUGGACGUCAGCGGCACGGGGACCCUGUCCCAGAGGUACCAGUACGAGGUGUGUCUGACGGGAGGCUCUGGGAGUAAUGAGUUCAAAUUCUUGAAGCCUGUCUUCCCCAAUAUUCUGGAAUCGGACCUUGGGAGGAAGUCAGAAAGAAGUUCAACCUUCCAGAAUAGUUAGGUAUCUAAAACUUCCCCAAUGCAAACAUUAGUUUUGUCUCCUACACCUUUCCCUUUUUUAACCUAGUAGUAAUCUUUAAUGCUACUUGUCUUUCUUCUUUUCUGGUUUUUCUUAGUAAUACUACUCAUUGUUUUGUUGGCCUGUUUGUCCUAUAAUUAUUUUUACAAUUAUUGUUAGUAAAAAUUUUAUAUCAGGAAAUUUCAUAUUUCUGAUUAAACUUUUAGUAUUUAUUUUUAAAUGAUAAUAUGAAAGUUAGCCUCUCAGAAUAAAAGUAAUUCUAAGUUUAAAAGUACAUUUCUCACUAUAUGACACUACAUAAAAAUGUCUGAUCCCUUUUUAUCAUACUUCAUUUUUUAAUUACUGGAAGUUUUUUAAGUUUUUAUUAUUUACACAGUUAGACUUGUCUAUAACCCGUCUUCUGUUUGGAGUGGAAUCAAUUUAUAUUUACUUAUGUCCAAUUUCUUCCAAGCUCUGUUUGGAUUUUUGUUUUACCAAUAGGCAGCAAUAUGUAUAAUUUCAUGCUAUUUAUUUCAAAAACCACACUUGUAAUCAUUGGACUUUCACUCUGAAAUAUUGCAUAUGUUAUCUCAUGCAAGUAUAUAUUUAUCAUCUAUUCUUUCUCAUCUAAAUUAAUGUUGAAUAUACUUGUAAGUUCUUCCUUAUAUCUAACUGAAGUUGUGAUCCUGUUAAAGAGUUUACUGAUACCAGGUUGACUAUGUUUAAGGAGUUCUUUAGACGUGACCAAGUAAUGCAUUGCCUGCAAUUGUCCCUUGCUAUUGUAGAUGAAUUCUCAAGUGAGCUCCAAAUUCUGGGCCUAGAGGAGCUUUUGAUGACACAGCAUUCCAAUAUCUGCUUGCCUUUGGAUGACGACAUUGUUCUGGUUAAUAGGGAAUUUGAAAGCAAAUGCAUUGUAGAAUUAAUAUUACUUAACCAAAGAAAGCUUAGUAAAGGAUAUGUUGGUGAGGGAGUUGAAUGAUUUGAAGAAAUAAUCAGCUCUGUUGUCAGGACUCCUCUAUCUCCAGGAGCCUCAUAAGUGGAUACUAUAGAAUGGUGUGGUUGACAGAGUAAUGGCCCCUAAAUACAUCCACAUCCUAAUCCCUGGAACCUGUGAAUAUUCUGUGUUGUAUUGCAAAAGGAAAUUAAGGUUCAGAGGAAGUAAGGUUGCUAAUCAGUUAGUCUUAAAAUAGGGAGAAUAUCCUAGAUGAUCUGGAUGGGCCUGAUUCAGUCAGUUGAAAGGCCUUAGAGCAGAGCUGAGUCUUCCCUGAGAUGAAGAAAGGCUGACUGUGGGCAGCAGCUUCUCAUGCCCCAGACUUCCAGCCUGCUCUUUCUAAUUGCCUGCUCUACAGAUUUUGGACUUGCCUAGCCAGCUCACCCAACCAAGUAAGUCACUUCCUUGCAAUAAAUCUCUUAAUAUAUAUCUCCUGCUGGUUCUGUUUCUCUGGUUGAACCCUGACUGAUACAGAUGUUGGUACCUGGAAGUGGAGUGCUGCUGUAACAAAUAACUAAAAAUAUGGAAAUUGCUUUGGAAUUGAGUGGCAGGCAUAGGCUGGAAGAAUUUUGAAGCACAUGAUGGAAAAAGCCUAGAUUGCUUUGGACAGACUGUUAGUUGAAAUACAGAUGUUAAUAACUCUGCUAGCGAAGACUCAGAGGGAAGUAAGGAGUAUGGUGGAGAAAACAUAUAUUGCCUUAUAGAUUACCUAAAUCAAAACCUUAGGAGACUUGGUAGUAAUAUGGAUGUUCCCUGGUGCACAGUGGUUAAGACUCCGCCUGCCAAUGCAGGGGACAGGGGUUCGAGCCCUGGUCCAGAAAGAUCCCACAUGCCGCGGGGCAACUAAGCCCGUGUGCCACAACUACUGAGCCUGCGCUCUAGAGCCCUCGAGCCACAACUACUGAAGCCUGGGUGCCUAGAGCCCGUGCUCUGCAACAAGAGAAGCCACCGCAGCAAGAAGCCCACGCACUCUGUGCACCGCAACGAAGUGUAGUCCCUGCUCGCCGUAACUAGAGAAAGCCCAUGCACAGCAACAAAGACCCAACACAGCCAAAAAUAAAUAAAUAAAUAAUUUUUUUAAAAAAAAGUUUAAAGUCACUGCUGAUGAGGGCUCAGAAAGAAAUGAGGAAAAUGUUAUUGGAAACUGGAGGAAAUAGAAUCCUUGCUACAUAGUGGCUGAAAACUUAGCUGAAUUGUGUCCUGCAUGGAAAUGUGGGAGGAAAAGGACUUGUAAGCAAUGAACUUGGAUAUUUAGCUGAGGAGAUUUGGGCUGAGGAGGCAUGGGUUGAAAGUACAGCAUGGUUUCUUCUUGCUGCUUAUAGUAAAAUGUGAGAAGAAUGAAAUAGAUUGAGGGAAGGACUGUUAAGCAAAAAGGAACCAGAAUAUGAUGAUUUGAGAAAUGCUCAGCCUAUUCAGAUUGUAGAAGAUGCUAAAAUUAGGUAAGUGUGUUCUGGAGAGAAAGCCAAUGAUGUCACAGGUGUACAAUAUUUGUACUAGGCAUACACAUUGAGAUGAUACUAUAAUGAGAUGUGAUCUUUGAGGACCUUAAAUAUAUUUUUUAUGUGGGAUGGAUGUGAAUCUUUGGGGACAAGAGGGUGGACUGUGGUAGGGAGAAUAAUGGCCCCACAAAGUAUCUAUGUCCUAAUCUCUGGAACCUGUGAAUAUCUUAUCUUAUGUGGCAAAGGGGAAUUAAAGUUGCAGAUAGAAUUAAGGUUGAUAAUCAGCUAACCUUAUAAGGAGAUUACCCUAGGUUAUCCAAAUGGGUCCAGUGUAGUCACAAGAGCCUUUAAUAAGAAGUGGAAGUGGGAAACAGAAAAGUCAGUAUCAGAGUGAUGUUCUGUGAAAAAGACUGAACCAGCCAUUACUGAGUUUGAAGAUAGAAGGGAGCCAAAAAUGAGGGAAUGCAGACAGUCUCUAGAAGCUAGAAAAGGCAAGAAAAUGUAUUCUCCCUUAAAGCCUCCAGAAAGGAAUAUAGUUCUACCUUAACUUUAGCCCAGUUUAACUUCUGACUUCCAGAACGGUAAGAUAAUUUUGUGUUGUUAAGCCACUAAGUUUAUGGUAAUUUGUUACAGCAGCUAUAAGACAUGAAUACAAAUGGCUACCAACAAAGCCAUUUCCAAGCCCAUUUUUCUUUUCCUUCCCCUACUCUAGUCCAAAAUAUUCAUAUUCCCAUAAUCUCUUGCAGGUAGGAGUGUCAUAUAACUUUGUUAUUGCUACUGAUGUAAAAGUAUAAUUGGGAAUUGGGAUUAAGGGAAAUAUUUUUGAAAGGGGUAAUCUGAGGUGGCAUGUUCCUUAGGACUUUGCCCAUUUUCCUUUUUCUUAACUGGCAUGGGUACUGAUGAGUAAGCCUUGAGUUGAAGCAGCCAACUUGCAACCAUGAGAUGAAUACCAUAGAACAAAGGUUAUAUACUAAGUAUGAUAAGGUGGAAAGCCCUUGAAUUUCUUACAACAUUGUCAAGCUGCUGCAACACCUCUGUGCUACCUUCUCCCAGGCUUUAUGUUGCACUUUAUAAAUAAACCCCUAUGUGAUUAAACAA